GAAACACUCACCCAACCACCUCCUCAUGGACUCUGCUGCUUCCAUCCUCCUCCUCCUCCCCUGGUUACUCAAGUUGGCACUCACUUUGCCCAUAGAGGUUAUCUUCCCUGAACCAGCUGCUAAUGAAACAAAUGUCGUGCAUGGAGAUGAUGUCUUUGGUGACAUUCUGAGAGCCAAUGAAGGAAGCAAGGUCCUGCUUCGUGAAACAGAUAUUGCGGUGGCUCCGGGACGCAAUGCUAUAUCCUGCAAAACCUGCCUGUGGCCCAAAUCAGCCAGUGGAAGAGUCUACGUACCCUACGCCUUUGAUGAUAAGUACUCGGAAGGGGAAAAGGCCACCAUGAGGGAAGCCAUAAAAGAUUUUGGAACCAUGACCUGCGUGGAGUUUGUCCCUCUAACUGCAGAGAACAACUAUCUUUCUAUUCACCCUGGGGAUGGCUGCUGGUCCUUUAUGGGAGUUAUGGGUGGAGCCCAAGGGGUGUCCCUUGGCGGCGGCUGCCUGGGAUAUCGCACUAUACAACAUGAACUGAUGCACGCCUUGGGAUUUUGGCACGAACAGAACAGGAGCGACCGGAAUAAAUAUAUUGAUGUAUUUUGGCAGUACAUCUCUCCAGAUGCUUAUAUCAACUACCAAGAAAUGGACACCAACAACCUUGGCAUGGAGUAUGACUACUUGUCGGCAAUGCAUUAUGAAACCUGGAUGUUCAGUAAUACUUCUGGGAAGACCACCAUGGCGGCUAAGGAUGAUCCCAACAGACGUUUAGGUGGAGCUAAAGAGCUGACCAACCUGGAUUACAGUAAGAUAAACCGGCUGUAUGAAUGCGAUGUUGUUAGCACAUUACUUAAUGAAGAUCGGGGGACCCUGAAGUCGGCCAAUUACCCUUCUUCAUACCCUAAUAACGCCAAAGAAUUUUUCCUGAUUAGGACUGUUUCUCAGCAGGUGUCCCUAAAAUUUGAGGCCUUUAAUAUUCAGUCUUCCCCUCGGUGUACCUCUGACUACAUUAAAAUAUAUGAUGGUUCUACAAAGUCAUCCCCAGUCUUGCUGGAGAAAUCUUGUGGAAUGGGAAAACAUCCUCCACUGAUAGCUUCUGGUCGGGCCAUGUUGCUGGAGUUUAUUAGUGAUGGGUCUCAAACAGCAACUGGAUUCAGGGCCUCAUAUGAAACAGUGGAAUGUGGAGGUACCUUCACCACCCCAUCGAGGAAUAUCACGUCUCCAAAUCACCCAAAAGACUAUCCACCUUCCAAAACAUGCCAAUACAUCAUAACUGCUCCUUUGUCCUACAAGAUCUCUCUGAGACUAAUCAGCAUGGACAUUGAGAGAAGCCGCCAGUGCCGCCGUGAUUACCUCGAUAUAUAUGACGGGGACUCCAUCGAUGCUCCACUCUUGGGGAGAUUUUGUGGCUCUUUAAUGAUGUGCUCACCGAGGAGCAAUGGGAACCGAAUGCUUCUGAGAUUUGUCACGAACGCUAAUAUACAAGGGAAAGGCUUCCUGCUGAGAUACAGCUGGGUUGCCCCAAGAGGAAGUGUCCUACCCUGAGUGUUGCCAUCUGCUGCCUGAUCUUAUGGGACAGAGAGGAAUAUAAUGCUCAAUAUAUACUUUCAUCUAUAAGUGCACCUAAUUAAUAUAAGUGCCAUUGACCACUAGGUGUCACUGCAGCUCUGCAUGCUCACAAGUCUCCUGCUGUGCUACCCCUUUCUUCCACGCAUAAGGUCCUUCCCUUUCGAGCUAACUCUUCUGACUCUUUCCAGCUUUCAAAUGGGGGGGUCGCUGACCCCUUCUAAAAACGACUACAAGGCUACUAAUUGAUUGUUAUUGCUCCUUUUUAUUACUUGUGUUUCUAUUCAGGCCGCUUCUAUUCAUAUUCCAGUCCCUAAUGCAUCAUUGCUAGGAUAAUUUGGACCCUAGCAACCAGAUUGCGGAAACUGCAGACUGGAGAGCUGCUGAAUAAAAAGCUUAAUUACUCAAAAACCACAGAUAAUAAAAAAUGAAAACCAA